AUGUCCUCGGCCCAAGUUGAGGAGUUGGAGAGGCGUGCCACCGCUGCUGAGUUGGCCAUUGAAGAGCUCAAAAAGAGCAUGCAUGCGCAGCCGCUUGGCAAUGGUGAUAACAAUGCGGGAUUGGAGUCACGUCUUCGUGAACUCUUGAAAUUAAUGGAGGAGGACCGUCUGGAAUGUGAAGUGAUUCGUGCCAAGCGGGAUGAGUUAAAGGAGGAGAAUGAGCGGCUGAGGUCGCAGGUUCUGAAACAUGAGUACCGCAUCAAGCAUCUUCUUCGAACAAUUAACGACAUUGAGACAGGGAAGCAGCAUAAUGAGCGCUCAUAA